AUGGAGUCUGAAACAUCUCUUGAGAGUAUUUAUGAUGAAUUAAAAGGUCGAACUAAGAAGAGAGUUAAUGAUAACAGGAAAAAUAGAAACUUUAAAUGUAAUCAAGAUUACUUAAAAAAUAUCGGAAUUGGACCAACCAUUGUUAUUGAUUGUGAUUAUGAUGAUAAACUUUCUGAGCGUAAUCUUAAAAGUUUAGUUGUACAACUUAGUAUAUCUUAUUCUUGUAUAAGAAAAUCAAAAAUACCUUUAAAAAUGAUUAUAUGUGGUGUUUCUCAAAGACUUAAACAAGGAUUAUAUAAAACACUAGCAGAAUCAUGGCUUGGAGUUGAAAUCUUAAAUGAUAAAGUUGAUCAAGUCAUUUCUAAUCGAUUUUUAAAUACAGAUUCUAAUUAUGAGAUAAUUUAUUUAUCAGCAGAUUCAAAUAAUGUAUUACCAUAUAAAAAAAAUCAAGAUGAAUACGAAAAUUCAACGGAUCAAGGAUUUAACAACAAACAGAUAUUCAUUAUUGGUGGAAUAAUUGACAGAAAUAAAUAUAAAAAUAUAAGUAAACUUAGAGCUGAAGAAUUUAAUAUUAAAACUGCCAAACUACCAAUUAUAGAAUCUGGAAUUACAUUAUGUUCAAAUCAAGUCCUUACAAUUAAUCAUGUAAUUGAAUGUAUUGUCAAAUAUAACGAGACUUGUAAUUGGUAUACUACGUUUGAUUCAGUUUUACCAAAAAGAAAAAAAGAUCAAAUUAAUUAA